AUGACUGGAUGUUUUAUUAUUGAUGAGAAUAAAUAUGACUUAAUUAAAACUUAUACAUGGUCUGCAAAGAAAUCUAGAGGAGAUAAAACUAUUUAUGUUUCUACUAACAUAAAUAAUGAUCCAAAAAGAGUUACUAUUUUAUUACAUAGAUUAUUAUUAGAUUCAAAAGAAGGUGAUGAAGUAGACCAUGUGAAUGGCGAUGGAUUGGAUAAUCGUCUUAAUAAUAUUCAUAAAACUACACAUGUUUUAAAUAUGAAAAAUAAACAUAAAGGAAAGGGUGAGAUGGAUUAUAAAGUUUUUUAUGAUAAAGAUAAACUAGGAUUUAUGGUUGAAUGUAAGAACAAUGUUUAUAAACUUUUUAAAGGAAAAUUUGAUAAUGAUGAAUUAUUUAAAGAAGCGGUUGA